GGACGCGUUACCGAUCUCGCGUCGUCGUCUCUCGAGCCACGUUCUACCCCUUCGUCGAGCGGGGAUGAAUCGUGCCGCGUACUCGUCACGGUUCCGCGUCGACUUGCACCGGGUCGCGUUCGAGCCAGGAUCUUGAAGCGUCCGCGCAUAGCCUGAUCGAUGGACAGCUAACACCGCGGACGGAACCAGACCGCCCCCUACGGACGGAAGCCACGGAACACCCCCACUUCUCGUCGAUUCAAACCGCCCCCACCCGACCGCCACGGUGGAGAGUUCCGAGACGGAGCCGUAGGCACACCGGGUACCGAGUUUCACGGGUGGAGAACCCUCGGAUACGUCGCGAUCAUCCCCCCGAACCGACGACGCCGGAGCUUUCGCGGAUGAUCGAGCUUCUGGGGAAACUACGCGCGUUUCCGUUCGAUUUUUCCGCGUUAUCGUAAUCGCGUUGUCGGUGAACGCGCGUGUACACCCCCCACCCUUAGCUGACAGCAGCACCGCUUGGAAAACAAACCCUCUCCCCACCCUCUGGCGAGGAACCGGAGAACCGGCCAUCGAGGAGAGGACAGUGGCAUCGCGGUGCCUCGCGAAUUCUCCAAGAAUCUCGGCGAAUCUCUCGGCUAGCGGAAGAAAACGAUGGCUCGACCGAACGAUCGCGCGAGGGUGGUGGUGAAUCGGUCACGGUGUCGCGUUAAACAGUGAUAAACGCUCGGUGCGGCUCGGAUGACAGUGCGACGCUCGGGAAACGGAGCCAGUGAUUUUUCGUGGACGGUGUGAAUAUUUUGGCCGUGUGAUAUUUUUCGUGACCAGUGUGCUUGCUCUCCGAGGAGAAGAAGUUGCGACGACCUUCGGCCGCGAACUCUUCGAUACGAUCGAAAAAACGAUGCCAAAGUUAUCCGCGCACCUCGGUGGACAACCGUUAAUGUCGCGAGAGUGAACGAUGUCUUUUCACCGGGUUCGCUUGAUCGUCGAAUGAACCACGAGGAUCGACGAUUUCGUUGAGCGGUUUCGCCGGGUUUCGUGCUGUUUCGUCGUCGAGGACUAUGUUCGCCGGAGGAGAAACGCGACGAGGAAGAAACGGGGAUACUCGUUGAGAGAAGUCGAGAAUGCAUUGAGGAGCCGGCCGGUUCAGACGAUUCGAGAUGUCCGCCGUAACGAGUCCGUAUAGCCCCACGGAGAUGCUUUCCAACUCGGUAUACAACUACGCGACUCCCCGACGAGGGACCGCCGAUCAGGACUGCGACUCCCAGUACGAGGGCCAGGCCCAGCUGCAGAUCUCGAGCAUGCAAAAGCCGCGAAACAAACGCAAGAACUUUAAACCGAUCAGCAGCCGAAUGGUCGAGGUGUCCGACGAGUCUGAGAAAGAGGACGAAGAGCUGGGUAUCGAGGAGACGUCCAGCGAGAUACUCGAAUACGAGAGGAAGACCAUGUUGUUGCCAGCCGAGGAGAGGUCUAAACAACGACUGAACAACAACGAGGUCAGUCCCAUGGACUUGUCCGUGACCACCACUAGACCACCGUCUUCGGAAGCCGACGACGACAGCGGUGACUCCCUCAGGCACAAGUUCAUUCUGGAACAACUCAGGUCCGAGAAGCUCUAUUCACCCGGUACCGAGGCUAGGAGUCCAAACUCUGACUCCUCGGAGAAGACCGGUAGCGGUGUCCUGGAGACGGAGUCGGGUCGUUUGGACGACUCCGCGUUCGAAGAUGACCGGGCACAGGACAUGGACGGCGAGACCGAGUGCGAGGAAAGGAAACCUUUCGAGGGGAUGAGGGAGUACGCUGAAUCGACGAUGCAGGAGCUGUUGGCGAUCUACGGACUGGCGGGAGGAGAAUUGGCCAAGUCGGUGAGCAGACAGCUACCGCCGACCUUCCUGAACCCGGCGACCGGUCAUCUUCACGGGAAGGUGAAGGUAAAAGAAGAGAAGGAUGCUUCAUCGAUGGCGCCAGGAAGCCCUCCGACGCCGCCUCACACUCCCCAAAGUCCACCCCGACACAAUCCACCCCCUAGUAACCUGUCCCAAUCCUGUCAAACAUCGAAUACCAAUUCUCCCAGCCUGCAACAACAACAACAGCAACAGCAGCAGCAGCAGCAUCGACAACAGCAACAACAACAGCAGCAGCAGCAGCAAGAAUCGCAUCAACAGCAACAGCAGCAGCAACAGUCCAUUCACGCGAUGACGAAUUCACCCCUGAGCCAGAUUCUAGUGCAAAAUCCAGCUCUUGCUCAAUUAUUGCAACAGAAUCCAGCGAUUUUGUCGCAAAAUCCGCAAUUGGCGCAGUUGCUGCAGCAGAAUCUUCAGGUUCAGAUGGGCAGCGUCCUCUUCCAAAACGUCAGGAGGGAGGAACCUGAAGAGUCGAGGGUACCGCCGACAAUAGCGAGCCUGGCGGCGAUGAAGGUGGAGGCAGCUGACCUGAAGGUUUCCGCGUUACUGAGACAAAGCAUGUCUCCGGUUGCGGACACCUUGAUCGGUAGCUCGAAAAGCUCCGUGUCGCAGCCGAUAAUCGAUUACUCCCGAUACGUGAGGAGGUACUCGUCGGGUCAAGAAUGCGGUAGCUCGUAUUGUAAGGAGCUCGGUUGCAGAGAGCAUUUUCACUGUUUGGACUGCAGUGGUAGGGUGUUUGUGAAAAAGGAAGAAAUGAUAAGGCAUUUCAAGUGGCACAAAAAGAGAGACGAAUCUUUACAGCACGGCUUCAUGAGGUACUCGCCGACGGACGAUUGCUCGGAGAGGCAUCCGAGUCGUGCCUGUCCGCACAAUAGAAAACAGACUCACUACCACUGUAUCCAUGAGAAUUGCGAUAAGGUUUACAUAUCGACGUCGGACGUGCAGAUGCACGCGAAUUAUCAUCGCAAGGAUUCGGCGAUCAUUCAGGAAGGUUUCCAGAGAUUUCGCGCGACCGAGAGCUGCGCUACCGAUCACUGUCCCUUCGCCGGUCAACGGACCACGCACUUCCAUUGUCGGCGACCUGGUUGCCGAUUCACCUUCAAGAACAAGGCUGACAUGGACAAGCACAAGUCGUAUCAUAUCAAGGACGAGCAGUUGUCCCGGGACGGAUUCAAGAAGUUCAUGAAGUCCGAGGCGUGUCCGUUCGAGCAGUGUCGUUUCUCUCGGGUAUGCAAUCACAUUCACUGCAUACGACCGCAUUGUAGCUACGUUCUUCAUUCUUCCGGUCAGCUGUUCUCCCACAAACGGAAACACGAGCGACACGAGACCGAGCUGGCUUACAGAAAGUACAAACAGAUCAGCGCGGUAGGUGGUAUACGACCUUCCGGUUCUUGGCCACCGGACGACGUCGGAGCACAGAACCUGUCUCUGUGUCUGAACGGCGAAAGCUCCAACGAGGACAGAGGCUCCCCGUCUUACUACUCGUUCGACGAUUCCUUCCAAAGCGGAAGCGACCUCGCGAUGGACCUAACCGCGCCAACGACCACGGUCACCGCCAGCGGAAGUUCCACGGUAACCGUCGACCCUCCACCGCAGCAGCACCACCAUCAACAACUGCAACCUCAGCAGCAGCAGCAGCAGCAGCAACAACAGCAACAACAGCAGCAGCAACAGCAGCAAAGUCAACAGCUCACCGCCACAGAAUUAGCAUAUCUGGUACCCGCGACGGGUGAUUGCCCUUGUCAUCUGGGCAGGGAUCAUCAUCACUGCGGUCUGGAUCGUUGCGGGACGGCGUUGAAGGACCCUCGCGAAGUCAGGGAGCAUUUGAGAGAGCACGAGACUCAGGAACGCAUCACGGACGCCUUCUUCGAAGAGGGUGGCUGCGACGACAGUUGUCCGUACGCCGACAAAGAGAAACACUAUCAUUGCAAUUGGGAGAAUUGCCGCGAGGUGAUCCUCUCGACGGACAAACCCUUCCGUCGUCUUCAACAUUACAAGAUUCACGAGUACAGUAGGCAAUUAAACCUCUCGUGUUCCUCUCACGCCCUGUCCUCCGACGUGACGUUGACUCACCUGACCAACAUCGACGCCAUGUUCAGGCGGAAGAGAGGCAGGCCUCCGAAAAACCGAGUGAUAGAGAUCUGGUCGGGCGGUGACCCAGCCACGCACACUCACGAUUCCCCGCAGGCGAUCUUCACCAGCUUCAAACUACCGAAACCUCAGACGCCGAAUCUGACGCUGAAUCCGAUGACCGAGGACCGGGAGGGAAGCGUGUCGCCGUCGAACAGUCUCGGCGAACCCGACGGGUUCUCGACCUAUAAUCCUGAUGGAUGCCCGGAUCCGGCUUGCGUCCUCAGAUCCACCAGGCAUCAUCAUUGUUCGCAGCCAAGGUGUCACUUCUCUACCGAUAGACCCGAUCAAUUGCUGAUGCACAGCAAAGACUUUCACGAUAACGUCGACAUACCGGCGGGCUUUGCCUUCUUCGAUAAGAUGGUAGAUUGUCGACUGGCCGGUUGUCACAGUAAUCGCGUUAAUCGGCAUUUCCACUGUACCAGACCGAACUGCGGCUACUCGUUCGUCAGAUACUCGACCAUGGCGAUGCACGAGAAACAGCACGCUGGUCACGGAGACGUCGGGGGCCAGGAGUCCUCUAACCAGGAGUGUCAGACGCAAAUUCAGCCGAUGAUACAGGAAAGCAAGCCGAGGAUUCAAGUGAAGAAUCCGGCCGAACUGAUCGAGAAACCGGAAGACGCCAACAGCUUGACCGUCGCGGGGGACGUAGAGAAUAGACCGAUACUGGAGGAGAAGGACGCGGAGAUGUCCAGUCCGGACGGCAACAAGACUACCGUGGUGAGGGCGGCAGGCACCUAUUAUCCGGUCAGCGGACCGCCAAGUGAACCCGCACUUCCGGGCGUCGUGCUAUCCAUGCGAACUUCCGUGCACCAAGAAUCUCCGGUUCUUCCGUCCACCAGUUCGGCCUCGCCGCACACGCUCUACGGACCCGAGCAAAGCUGCAGCAGGCCAUUUUGUAAACUGAAACGCAAGAACCAUUAUCACUGUAACGCGUGCAAUCAAGCGUUCUCCGAAUUGGAUCGACUGGUGGCUCACAUAGCCAAACACUCGACAGGUGCCAUUCUUAGUCAACAGCAACACGAGCUGGCUAGUCAGCCCCCCAAUCAGCUGCAGCACGACUAUCUGGCGCAGUUGUCGCAGAAGCACGACUUCAUGGCGCAGAACGCUCAAAUGGCGCAGAACAUUCAGAACUUCCAAAACCAGAUGCAACGGCAGAUGCAGCAGACUUUGGGUCAGAUGAGUCAACAGAGCCAGCCGAAGGAGGUGAAAAUGGAACCGGCGAGGUGCGGUACCGACGUUGCCGUGCAGAACGUUCCUAACGUGAAGCGGGAACCCGCCGAAUUGACCAGGGACGAGGGCAACAAUUCGGUGAUGGACAACAACGAAAACGGUCAAUUGUCUCAACCGAGCAUGCCACCGAACGUUCAACAAUCUCCGGUCCCCACCAGCUUCGAGCUGGAUCUCAGCCACGGAUUUCAUUUCCCUAGCCCAGCCGUAAUGGCUGCUAUGAAUCAGCAGAUUGCCCUAAUGAAUCAAGCCCUACCACCGUUCCUUCAACAUGGCGGCAUGUACACGGGCGGGCCAGGGCUGAUGUUCGCUCCCGGUCUACCUCCGACCAACUUUCUACCUCCUGGCAGAGACGAGAACCCUUUGGCCUCUCUGGCGGCGAACCUGAACCUGAGCAAGAGGUCCUUGUCUCCGCCGGACAGCAACUCGCCCGAAGCGAAGAAACAGAGGCUGCAUCACUCUAUGCGCAUGCUCAAGGACGAGCCUGUACCCGAGGGAUACGUCAGGUUCAGAUUCAACGAGGACUGCAGGUACCCUCACUGCGGUUACAGGGAACAUCAAACUCACUUCCACUGCAUGCGACAAGACUGUGGCUACUCGUUCUGCGACAAGACACGUUUCGUCCAGCACACGGCGAGACACGAGCGACUGGACACCCUGAUGGGCGGCGAUUUCCAGCAAUACAGGGCGAACGUGCCUUGCGGUCGAGCUCAGUGCGCGUACACGUCGUCGUUGGGUUCGAUGCAGAACAAAGCGUCGCACUUUCAUUGUUUGAAGUGCGACUUCGUGUGCACGGACACGAACAAGGUGGUCGCUCACAGGCGACAACACGCGAAAUUGGACAAUAUCGCGGCGGCAGGCUUUCAAAAGUUCACUCCCAGCCAACCUUGCGGUGGCGUUCAGUGCCAGCAUUCCGGCAAACAGACGCAUUAUCAUUGUCUUCAGUGCCAGUACGCCGUGCUGGGUUUGGCGCAAAUGUCCGCCCACAAGUAUCGACACAUGGACACAUAACGGCGUCUAGACGAGUUGGAGGAUAUUCGUAAAAGAGGCAAUUGACUCUGGUCCCCUUGUAGACAUUCCCCGAAGGAUUCAGACGUCCUCUCGGCCCUACAUCGACGAACAGGUCCAAAGAAGAGGAAUCAGCCGGGUGCUGUAUCGACGAAUCAAGAUCCCGCGGAUGAAACCCGAUCAAGGACUGACCACACGAUAAAAGACAAUUUCGUCGAUGCUCCCUCUGUAUAGACACAUUCCCUGACGGAAUUGCUAGGCGAUCGCCGAUGGACUGCUGACGCGUACGUUUCUACGAGCUCGAUGAUUAGGAACAGGCCUAGUCAUUAAUCUUCAGCCGUUCUCGACCAGAAGGAAUCGAUAGCUUGCCCGGUGUUCUCGUACGGGCCGAAACAACGACGAUAUCGAUCGACGCAUCGAUGACUUCGUACUUACGAGAGAAACAGAGAGAUAUUUAUUAGAUUCUAUCGACGAUUGAUCUCGGAGGAUCGAAAACUCGAAAGAGAGAGAACGUUGCGAUCGUUUUCGAAUCGUUUAAUCGAUAAUCGAAGCGAGAGCAAAAGAAGGACGAACUUUGCAUAGAAUCGUAGACAA